AAAAAAAGGAGGCGUUUCCCUCUAAACAACACAUCAGCUGCAAAUUUAUGCAGAGCGGUGAAAUCUGUGCUGCUGCAAAAAGAGGAGCAAGAGAGAAAAUAAAAAGAGGCACACACAGCGGGCACCGCGUUCCCCAACCGCCCGGGAGGCCGCAGAGUCCGCCGAGGGGAUCUGGAGCCAGAGAGCGGCUGAGGAACCCCGAAGCGGUGACGGUCUUCUUUCUGCUCAUCUGCAGCAAUGGAGGCGGAUGGAGAGCAGAACCAGCAGGGAGGCUCAGCCAAUGGGAGCACGCCCUCUGGGACAAGCUCCCGCCCCUCCCCAAUGAACUCCAUGUCUGCCUAUGAGAGGCAGGCGGUUCAGGCCCUUCAGGCUUUGCAGAGGCAGCCUAAUGCAGCCCAGUACUUCCAGCAACUAAUGCUGCAGCAACAAAUCAACAGCGCCCAGCUGCAGAAUCUGGCUGCUGUGCAACAAGUCAAGGCAACCCUGGCAGCCAGUCGCCAGUCUAGUCCCUCCAGCAGCUCUUCUCAGACCACCAGCACUACAGUAGCCAGUGUAACAUCUGGAGCAGGUUCUACAACCGGCAGCCGUCCUAUAGGUGCUUCAGCAACCUCCACCAUCAGUCAGUCUGUGCUGCUCAGCGGGGCAGCAGGCGGUCAGGGACAAAUGUACCUGAGGGUCAAUCGUUCCCUGAGGACCCCCAUGCCCCCUCAGCUCAUCUUUAUGCCUGGCAGCACAGCAACCGCUGCUGUGGCGACCGUUGCCCAGCAACCACAGAGUCAGCAGCAGCAGCAGGAAGUAACACCAGCUUCCUCCUCCGGAAGCCAAUCAGAUAACGACCAGGCCCAGAAUCUCGCCAUCCGAGGCGUGUCCAGUCCCAAAGGUGUUAAAACUGAAGCUCCAGAAAGGAGCGACUCAGGUGCCUACUCUCUGGUCCAGCCGUCCCACCCAUCAAACCCACAGUCCCCAACCAAACCCAGCCCACAGACUCAUCACAUCAAAAUCCCCACCUACCCCCAGCCUACUAACCUUAAAGCACACCCCACCUCUUCGUCCGGUGCCUCCUCCUCUUCCUCUUCCUCCACGUCCUCCAUCCCUCUCUCCCAGCUCCUGCUCCAUGGAACUCGAACACUAACCACAGGGACAACAGCUCCCACAGCAGCGCACGCGCUGGUCCUGACAUCCAAUGCAACGUCUCAGGCCCAUGCGUACCCGGUCGGGACAGCGACCAUCAAGCCUGCAGUCAACGCUCAGACUCUGGUGGUUCAGCCUUUACAAAAGGCGGCUUUAAACACAGAGAAAUCGGGCCAUGCGAACGGACCCAUUCCCAUCCAACCCAAGACUUUGCAGAGCCUCCGUUUGCCUCUACAACUUUCCUCCAGAAACCCCCCUCCCAUUUUGCCUGCCCCACCGCCUGCUAGCAGCUCUAACCAUCCUUCCCAGCCUCCGCAUAUCCCGGUCCAGAUAGUGGGGGCCAGGCAGAGCUCACUGGGAGCCCCCCAGGCUCUCGCCCUUGCCCGUGGAAGCUGCAGCCAGGAAGGGGCUGCCAUCCUCAGCAGCUCAUCCAGCCUCCUCACCAUGGUGGCCUCCAUUGCCUCCAGAGAAGGGGGGGUUGUUGGCAGAGGGGUGGGGCUUAAGACUCUUCAGACGCCCCAGGAGGGUCCGCCCACAGCUCAGGCUCCUCAAGUGCAACCCCAGACCAAUCAAAGCUCUGCGAGUCAGAACGGAGCUUCAGCUCCAAGCCCCGCCUCCUCUCAGUCGUCAGCCAUUACAGCACCUCCCACCUCGCAGUCUCGUUCCACACAGUCCCUCCCCCAGGGCGCCGAGGAGCAGAGAAGAGCAGGUUUGACGGCUAACGGAGACUCGUCAGGAGGUCAGACUCCACAGGGAAAGCAGACGAGUGUUUCCCUAAAGAGGAAAUCAGAUUCCGCCUCAGCAAAUGAUGAAGACGGUCCGUCUCCUCCACGGCUGCAGCCAGUCAGAGAUCACAGCUCCACGCCUCCAGGCAACCCUGUCAAUGCAGGUUCUCCUCCUCCACCCUCCUCCACUGCGACCCCGAUCCUCUCCGUGUCCAGGGGGCCCUGUGGUCAGGGGGAGCGGGUGUCGCCGCCUCAGGCUGUGGUCAAACCACAAGUUCUCACUCACCUCAUUGAAGGCUUUGUCAUCCAGGAGGGAGCGGAGCCGUUCCCAAUAUGUGGUCCAGCAAAAGACUCGGCUGGCGAAGAUUUAACCGAUGAUAGUCCAGACACCAACCAAUCAGAAACGGUCACUACAGCAACAGUGCUGAAGUGUGAAUACUGCAAAAACUUUGCACCUGCCAGCCAGUUCAGAGGCACCAAAAGGUUCUGCUCCAUGUCUUGCGCCAAGAGUAUGUAUUGGUUCCCCAGGUACAACGUCAGCUUCAGGCAGAACUUCACCGUGCGAAACAGUCACAGCCAGCUUCAAGAUCAGAAUCGAGCUAUGGAUCAGGACCAGGAUCAAGACCAGGGCCAAGGUCACUUAUCUAACUCCGAUGAGGAAGGAGGGAUUGCAAGGAGGAGGGUGCCUCGUAGGACUAGCUCAGAAAUAGCCAGCGCAAAGAUAGCAGGAAGGCCCGUCCCAGCAAAGAGUCGUUCAGAGUCCAGCCGUUCAGAGGAGGAGUCCAGUGGACAGGAGGAUGAAGAAGACGCCAUGUCCCUGUCACCUGCUUCCUCAGCUUCCUGCCACCAGCCGCCUCCACCGCCUGCAGCUGAGAGCGCAGCACCACCCUGCCAGCCUGCUAGCCCCGCCCACUGGACAGUGGAGGAAGUGUCACAGUUUAUUUCCUCCCUACAAGGCUGCGAGGAAAUCGCGUCCCAGUUUCUAUCGCAGGAAAUCGACGGACAGGCUUUGCUGCUGCUGAAGGAGGAGCAUCUGAUGUCCACCAUGAACAUUAAGCUGGGACCAGCCCUGAAGAUCUGCGCUCACAUCAACAGCCUGAGGGACUGAUGGUCCGCUGGUUUCCGGCCCCCGCUGUGGGCUGGGAUCAGACGGUGGGAUUUUAAAGCUCUCCAGCUGAACCGAGCGCUGCAGAGUUUACGCCUGCCGUCGGCGGAGGGGGGGACACUCCUGAUUUCUCUCUGAAAGUAAUAUUUGCAGAGUUUGGCUCCGCGCUUGAACCUAAAACUGUGAUGGAUGAAGGUUUUCUCAUGAAGGCACCAACUGCUGCUCCAUCAACACAUUCAUGAAGACUUCAUUUUCUUAUUAUUUUGCACUUCUAAAGAUAAUUUGUUUGUUUUUUCUGACAUUUAGGAAGAUGACUCCUUUUAUUAUUAUUUCAAAUAUCUUUGGUUUUCUUGUUCAUCGUGAUUUAUGUGUCAAAUCAAGAAGAAAAAAUUUAAAUGGGAACAGAAACGGUUGAGGUUUAAAACUUGGAAAAAA